AGAUUGCAGUCUUGUGGCUCCUGGAGGAGUCCUUGCCGUCGGGGAGGUCGCAAUGGUCUUUUGAGAAAGACUGGAGCCAUUAUGGUAUCCACGUACGUGUCUGCUGUGGACCAGACCACCAUCAGGUAUUACUCCAACACGCACGGUUGCUGGAUCCCUGCCAGGAUCGUGGCGACGGAUACGAAGACUGGCGCGAUCCAGAUAGAUAAAAAACCGGGCACUUGGUUGCAGUCUGACGACCCGCGGUUGUGCAAGGAUGCAUUUUGUGCAGAGCAGCCAGCCGAACGAUGUGGCGACGGCAUUGCUCACACCAAGACGGUUCAGAGACCCUCUGGCCUGACCGCUGCCUCCACGACCACGGGCGGAGCCGUGACUGCCUCGACGCCGAGUACACGUGUGUGGCCGCAGACUUCGGAGGUGACAGAGGCGAGGCGGGCCAUGACUUUGCCAGGCGACUGUGUGCGCUCGGAGAUGCUCGACGACACAAGGGUCGUAGAGAGAGUGGUGUUGCCCCCCGCGGCGCCAGCGCGCCCACCUGCGCAGGCGGCGUCAGCGGCGUGGCAGAAGGCCAAUGAUUGUGCUGGCAAUGUGGCGAGCUGCGCUUUGCUGGCAGGGUCAAUCCAGCCGCCUGGCGUGCGGCAGCAAGCGGACAGCCAGCCGGCAGUCCAGCCAGCCAGCGGUCCAGCAGUCCAGCCAGCAGCCAGCCAAUCUUGGCAGUGCGGCGAGCUGCGCUCGACCGCCGGCCCGCAGGCGGCUGCGGCGUAUCCGCAACCGCAGCCGCCGACGUGGCAGGCAGCACCCGCGGCCUCGCUGGCGCCGGCGCGCGACACCGUCGCUGCCGCGGCCGCGACCCCGAGGAGGCCCGCCGUGAUUUCAGAAGCCCCACCCCGCAGAUCCCCGCCCCUGGAGGAGACGCAGCAGGUCGGGGACCCCUGGCUGCGGACCCGGCGGGUCUCUGGAGCAUCGGCGCAGCCGGCCGCGCUCUCGGAGUUGCAGGCGGCGGCCGAGGCCUCUGCGGCCCCAGAGGCGGCGGCGGCGCUGGCGCAGGCGGCGACCGGAGCCUCGGCGCAGCCGGAGGCGGCCAAGGCCUCUGUGGAGGUGGGAGCGGCCGCCCACUGGAUUCCAGAAGCGGCGCCAGGAAGCGUCAGGUACCGGUGCCCAGUCUGCAACGAGUUGGUGGACUCCAUGACGAAGGCCGUCGAACACUGCGGGGCGACGGCCCUCCAGGGCGCGUCGCGCACAGUGGCGGAGGGCGGCCAGCCGACCGAAGGCGGGCCAGCGGCCUCGGAGGAGCCCGACAAUUUCCCCUCUGGCGAGUGCAUCGCGUACGACGGCAAAGGCAGGCCCACGAUCGUGCGGAAUGUUGACCCGGACACGGGUGCCGCGAGGACCUUCGUGCGGAACGAGGACGGCGAUCACUCCGUCUUCGGGGAGAACACUGUGGCCUCGCUCACACAGGCCACCGAGGAGAAGGCCUACGAGUGGGCUGCCGCUCUCAGCCAGCUGCAGGUCAGGGGCCUCACGCACGAGCUUGGCCAGAGACUGCUGAGCCAGUCCAGGCUGUACCACUCGAGGUUGAAAGAGCUGGAGAAGAUUGGCGACGUGCUUAAUUUCCAAUACUUUGGGCUGAGCCCCGACGCGACCGACAAGGACAUCGAUAAUGCGUACCGCCAGAAGGCGAGGCAGAUGCACCCGGACAAGAACGGCGGCACGGACGAGGCCAAGCAGAGGUUCCAGGGCAUGAAGGAGCGCUACGAGGCGAUCAAGAGGAGGCGCGACGCCCAGACGCCCCUGGGAGGCCCGGCGCCCGCGUGCGGGGACGGCGAGGCGUCGGCGCAGGCCCCCCCCCCGGGAGCGGACGGCUCGCCCCCCGCCCCUGAGGAGGCCGGGGCGGCGGGCGGCGGGGCCGCGGACGAGCCCGGGGGCCAGAAGAGCCCCAGGGCCUCCAAGGAGAAGACGCCGGGCAAGAUGGAGUACGACCCGGCGGACAAGGAGUCCGUGCUGGAGAACGUGGGGAAGAUGCUCGAACAGCUGAAGCACAUCGAUGCGCAGAUGGAGGUGCUCGUCGCCGAGCUGAACCGCGUCCGACAGCACGUGCCGCCGGGCGCCCUCGACUGA